GCGGACACAGUCGCUUAAGGUGGACUUUUUUUUUUUUUUAAGAGAUAGUUGUGCCGGUUUGUUGCUUUGCGUGUUCUUGCCGAGAUGUAGGCUUAACUUGGCUGCGAUACCGUUAUAUGCUGAAGGCCACAUUAGUACUAGGGAGUAAAUGAGAGAAACGCCCCACUUUUGCAGCUCAGUGUUGCGAUGCGAUGCGAUGUACACAGAAAAGUUGGCAGAGUUGUGCACUGUCUCAAUAGAGACACAUAUCUGACUGCAUAUGGUUCAUAGGGAGGGAGGGAGAAGGAUAAACUAUUCUAGGAUGGUCCGUAUAAAAAAGGACCACACUGCAAAGCGGAGUUAUGGAUCUUUUAUGCAGACAGUAGGACUCUACAACUAAGGUUACCUUUGUGAACACUGAUGGAAGUUGGAAGCUGCCUAGAAAACCAGCUGCAUUCAUGUCCGACAGAGUUUGUCAAACCAAUGAGUUUAGUAAUGGAUGAUCAUGGAUCCCAGUCCCAUCCACGGAGCUCUGGUCUGAGGGUAUCCACCAAAAGCAAAGCACCAUCCCCACCUGGACUAAAGGAAUUGGAGUCCCCAGGUUUCUCCCAGCGGUACCCAAGAAACCCUUAUUUAAAGAUGGACCAGAAGGAGAACCUCAUUGAUAAAGAACUCUCUCUGACCGUGGUUCUGCCUGGUGGAGUGGAAAAGACGACCAUAGUUCAUGGAAGCAAACCCCUAAUGGAUCUACUGGUGACACUUUGUGCAAAGUAUCACCUGAACCCCUCAAGUCACACUUUAGAACUGGUUACUUCCAACAGGAACAACAUCAAGCUCAAACCCAGCGCUCUCAUAGGAACUUUAGACGCAGAGAAGAUCAUACUUAAACCUAAAGGGGAAGAUAAAAAUAAGAAGACCGGUCCUCAGAUGCCUGAGGCAACUGUUCGGAUGGUGAUAAACUACAAAAAGACCCAGAAAACGAUAUUACGAGUGAAUCCUCGAGUGCCCCUUGCUGAACUCUUGCCAGCAAUCUGUGAGAAAUGUGAAUUUGAUGUGGAGACUACAGUCCUGUUAAAAGAUGUCCAAUCACUGACUCCUUUAGACUUGUCCAGUUCUCUUAGUGAUUAUGCAAUACGAGAGGUUUAUGCAAGAGACACAAAAGCACAACCUGCUACUCCUGUGAGUCCCAGUUCACUGACCUAUUCAGGAACAGUCACACCGGGCAAAGAGAAAUAUCAAAAAGAGCGAGAAAAUAAAGGCCUCUUCGGCACAUUCAGAAAAAGCAAGAAAAAAUCCGACCAGCCAACGACAGCCAGUGCCCCAGCUUCUCCUGUUCUCGUGAGCAAGCCUCGACCACUGAGUAUGGCCUUGCCUAGCACCAACUCAUCCCCGCUCGACUCUCCGACAAUUUCGACUGACGCACCAAAGAAGAGACGUGCACCCCAACCCCCAGUCCUUGUGUCUCAGAGCUGCACCUCUGACCCUAGUACUCGCCGGAGGCUCCACUCUGAACCGAAUGCCCGACUGGACAGCGAUCAGGUCUGUGGUCUAAGUCGAGGGUCCUCGGCGGAGUCUUCACUGAGGAGAACCAAACGCAAGGCGCCUCCUCCUCCUACAUCUCCUAGCCUAGAACCUGUUUUUCCAGAUGAAAACUUGCAAGCAGGUGAUGCUGCUCAGAGACUCGAAGAAAUUAGGGAGCAAGAAGAGAUGACUGCAUCUGUAACGUCUGCAGCUGCUAAUAAUACGCAACGAGAGGACGGCAGCCUCAACGUGUCCUCUGACGUUUCGUUGCAUUCCCCAUCCCCAGAUGUUGAGAUGCAGAUGUCAGUGGAAGGCAGUGGGGAAGAUCAGUCUCAUGAUCUGUCCUCAGAGGGCAAUCAACAACAGAGCACACUGAAUGAUUCCAUAACAUCAAGUGUGAGGAAAACUGAUGGCACAGAGUCCUCUGAACUGGCAGAUACUAAUUGUGUCCCACUUCGAGUUGAAAAUGUGAGCCCACAUCCCAUCUGUCACGAGUCUACAACUCAGAGUGCUGAAGCUGAAUGCAGUACUGCAACUAGCAGCCUCCCGCCACCUAUAAUGCAAGAUGCAGAGGCACAGGCCUCAGUUCAAGCAACUGCUGAAAGCCUCAGGGAGCUGACUAACCAGUUGGAGAAUCCAGUGGCCACCGGCACAUCAUGCUCCACUGGAGAGGAUGCUCAAGUGCAAACGGAAUUCACACAGCUUCCUGUGCCUCCACCACAACACGUGGACAACGAUUCCUCACCAGCAAUUGUCCCAGCCUGUGAAUCACCUGGGAAGAAAGAUAUGGCCACUUUGACAGAAGAUCUGGGACCCCCUCACCUCGAGCAAGCCUUACCCUCCACCUUGGAGACCUCGUCACGCCAAGACUCAAUACCAAGUGCCCUUGCCACACCUAAAGUGCCACCUAUGUAUGCCACAGAUUCUGAGCCAAAGCCUAAGCCUUCCAACGAACUUACAAGGGACUACAUCCCCAAGGUGGGGAUGACAACAUAUACUAUUGUUCCUCAGAAAUCUCUGGAGAAACUGAGAUAUUUUGAAGUUGCACUGACACUGGAGACGCCUACUGAAGCCUCAGGACAGGUACUCAAUACUGGUUCUCCUCAUUCAGAUGAGAGCACAAGGCAGACGGCACAGAUGGAAAUCUCAAAGGAAAAAAGUGAGCUGCCUUCUACUUUACGCAGGGAAGAUGGACUGACUAGCACUACUACUAAUCAACACACUGUUAAUGGAAGUAUACCUGAAUCUGCUCAUUUGGCAUCACCAACAAGUUUAUGUAACGCAGACAAGGUCUCAUCCUCAGCUAAUGGGGCAUCUCCGGCAGGGUCCCCAGCAGAGGCCAAGGAAAUGAAAAUUCCACCUGCAACAAAACCUAAGCCUGCUUCUUUCCGCUUGUCACAGCAUAAAAAAACACCUGGGUAUUAUGUAACUUCAGCAGCAGAGAAAGGUCUUAGUGCCAACUCUAGCUUUGGCCUGCUCAAGGAAGCUCAAGGAAGUGCAGAAAGAGCAGACUUACCACCCCCUCCUCCUCCACCUCCUGUGGAGUGUGAAGAGGUGACAACAGGGGCCACUAAUACUCAGCUGAGCCCUAAACAGGUUGACAAGAAUGUGCCCUUCAUGCGAAUGACAAGGCAAAGCAGUCUGCCAGCUAGAGACCCAGGCGUUGGGCUAAGCUUGGAAAAAUUGAGAAGCUUUGCAGCUCCUAGGCCUUAUUCUCCUGUGACCCCAUCCCGCUUUGCCCAGGCAGUGUCCUCGGCUGUGAAAAGGAGUCACUCUGUAUCCUAUCGUCCAAAGUCCCCUCUCUCGACUGUGUCGCCUCCUGUCUCUCCAAUUACAAGUCACCCACCUGUCAUUGAGUCGAAGCGAUUAUCGAAACUCGAGGACAGUGAACGUAGCGAGGCGGAUCUCGAUGGCUCUGCCUUGCAGAGAGCAGAAGUUGAACCACCAUCUUUUAGUGAGACUGUUCAAACAGAAGAGGCCAGUCCGUAGCAGUGCCUGAAUUCUUCUGAGUGCAUAACAUCUACAGAGGAACUCACCCUGUCUACUUUGAAUUCUCCAGAGCCUUUUAUCCCACAACACAGAAGAAGAAACUUUUUUCUUUUUUUCCCUCUUUUAGUAGUUUUCAACAGCAUACAUGAAAUCAUAUAUUUUGAUAAACCAAAAUUAAACAAUUAUUUUCUCACAUCAUUAAGUGGUAUCCCCAGCUGUUAUGCAUAUUUUAAUGAUUCUUUUAUUUUGUUUUGACUCUCUUGAGUGCUCAGAUGAUAAAUAAGAACAAUUCUAUAAAUUAUUAGUGAUUUCCUGAGUUGUAAUGUUAUUGGGUUUAUUAAGAAAAUGUAUUAUCUAAAUAAUACUGGAUGUUUAGACCAGGACUGGCCUGUCUAUAUUUAAGUAUUACAGAGUUUUGUUUAAUCUAUGUGCAAAAAGACACCAUUGUGUACAGCACACUUGUUGUCCUUGGCAAGCAGUGUUAUGAAUAAAGCUUUUAUCAAAUCA